AUGUCCGUUGCGCCAACUGAGUGCGAGGCCACAAGAUUUACCGAAUUCGUGCACCUGUGCGAGGCCAGUGGUCUCUUACAGCGGCCAAAUGAGCUUGCCACAGAAGAUGUAUGCGACGGAUUGAAUGAUGAAGUCACACUGAGACGGUUCUUCACCGCGCGCAGAGGAGACGCGCAAGCGGCGUUUGAACAGUUCAAAGAAGCCGUCGAAAUACGUAACUCAGCAAGCCACAUCUCAGUAUACAACAACAUCGACGUGUCAGACUAUGAAGCAACACGGAAACUUUACCCUCACUGGAGCGGCUGCCGAGACAAACGCGGCCAGCCUAUCUGCAUGUUCGACGUCGCUUGUCUCAAUCGCGAGACGAUGGCAGAUUACAAGAAGACGCGCGAUAUGCCACUUUCGACAGGGGCCCCGUUGAAGACGCCAGCAAAACCAAAUUCAGUGCAACGAGCCAUAGCAUUUCACGAGACGCUAACACGCUUCGUCUUACCGCUAUGUACCUCGAUGCGUGACCGACCCGAUCCACAUAUCCCCGUGUCAAGCGCAGUGUACCUCGUGGAUGUUUCCUCGUUCGGGCUCAAGCAGGCGUUAGAGCUGAGAAACUACGCUCAGGACAUUAGCAAGCUGUUAGCAACCAGCUUUCCCGAAGUUGUUGACACAGUUUAUGUCCUCAACGCCCCCUCCUACUUCGGCACAAUUUGGAACUUACUGAAAAAAUGGGUGGAUCUGCGAACAGCAGAGAAACUUGUUAUAUCAACCAAGAACGAGGUUCUACCACGCCUGACUGCCUCCAUCGACCUCGCAAAUAUCCCGAAAGGGCACGGUGGAGAGUUCCCAUUUCAACAUGGUACGGUGCCGAAGUUGGAUUCAGGUAUUUGUGAACAGCUGGAGUGGCCAUCGCAACCACCAGGUAUGCUGCCGCCCGGCCCUAUCAAGUGGGUAGUCGAUGGGGAAGGGAGAAGAAUUGCUGUGGCUGUUGGGUCGUUGAGUGGGGAGCCGCGGUAUCAGCCGUUAGCCGUGCUUCCGCAUAAGUCGUCCUAAUAUCCAACGUGAAUGACCGUUAGAGUAGAGCGGGAGAAGAUUGAAGAAAAUGUGACGGCAUCUGCCCACUGAUGAAUGGAUGUACAUCACUUCUCAUACAAGUGGUUAUGCCAGGAGGAAAACACCAUAUUUCCGGGGCCACUGUCUCUGCCUGGAAUAUGAG